CUUUAUUCAUAAUCCUUCAUCUUUUUCUUUUCUAUGCAUAAAUGUUUGUUUUAUUUUAAGAGAAGUAGAGCAAGUGCAGCUGUAUGACAUUUCGCAUAUGCGGUGCCGUGCGACGGUGUGCUGAUAUUCUAUCAAUCGACACGUUUCGGCAUGAAAUUUCGCAACAUGGUGUCUAUACGAAUAUUUUCUGACACAAUUUUGGCAUCUUUAAGACAGCUGCUUUCGCGGUGCAACGUGCUGGAACGCGUCGCGUUGUCGAAUUGUGCGAUGGAACAAAAAUCAGAGCUUAACAGCACCGAGUGGAAUCCGUCCGAUAUAUUUCACGACACGUGUUGCGAGUACGCGGUGAUCGUGUUGGAUCGUCCUAUACAAUGGAAGCAUGACGUGCUGCUUCGAAUCUGGCAAAGAGCUCACAUCACUGUCACCGUCGAUGGUGGAACGCACAGAUGGAUGAAGUACUUGGAGGAACAGGGAAUAAAGUUGUUGAACGGUGAGCAUAGACAAUAUGUACCUGAUCUGAUUACGGGUGAUAUGGAUAGUUGUUCGGUAAUUGUUGUCGAGAAGCUGAUAAGUAUGGGAUCUACUGUUGUCGAGACGCCCGAUCAGUCGCAUACGGAUUACACCAAAGCCUUGAUGCAAAUCGCACAGUACGCCAAGAGGAAGAAUAUAAAUUUGGAUGUAAUAUACGUGCUUGCAGAAACAUCGGGUAGAUUCGAUCAUAUCAUCGGCAAUAUCAAUACAUUGUACAAAAGUGACAAGCUGGUGGGAAACACAAAGGUGAUACAAGUUGCGAGCAAUUCUUUGACGUGGCUAUUAAAACCUGGUUUGCACAAUAUACGUAUACCAGAGAUCUUAGUGAGAGGACAAUCUUGGUGCGGUCUACUGCCAUUUGGAAGUUCAGUUAAUCAUGUAUCAACGACUGGCUUGAAAUGGAAUUUAAAUGACACAACUAUGCAUUUUGGAGGUUUAGUAAGUACUUCAAAUACGUACAACAAGACCGAAGUGACUGUGAAUACAGAUACAUCGAUAAUUUGGACUAUGGGUAUAGAGCUUUUGCGAGAAGCUAUUAAUAAUGAAGCGACGUAACAUUACGUACAUUACUUUCUCAAUAGAUAACUUGCAAAUAAAUGUAGAAAAUUAUCAAGCAAAUUAGGUCAGAAAUGCUCAAUAACGCUGUAAAGUACUUAACAAUAUUUUUGACUUAAAAAUAGUGAAUUGUAUCUGCAUGGAAUUGAGACAAAAUUAAGGCGCAAACGUUACAAUCGAUCUAGAAUCUGAUCUAAAAUAAUUAUUUUAUUUUUUUAACUAUCUUGCACUUGAUAUCUAUCUAUCUUGAAAUCUAUCUUGAAAUAAUAUGCGGCCGAUAACGGGG